AUGGCUAGUUAUUAUUCUCCCCAACCCAAAUUCUACUACUACUACUCGUCGUUAAUAAUCCUCUGCCUAUCCACCCUGCUGUUCAGAAUCAACUCCCAACCUGCACCCCGCAACAUUUCAUUAGGCUCAUCGCUCACCGCCGGCGCCGCAUCCAAGGACUACUGGCUCUCCCCGUCGGGGGAAUUCGCCUUUGGGUUCCAACAAGUCGCCGGCAGCAGCGCCAACGGCUUCCUCCUAGCCAUUUGGUACAACAAAAUCGCACAAAAAACCAUCGUGUGGUCAGCCAACCGGAACGAGUUGGUCUCCUCCGGGUCGACCGUCAAGCUCACCAAGGACGGCAGCUUGAUGCUGGCCGACCCGUCGGGUCGGCAGAUUUGGGGCCCGAACGGAGUUGGGGCCGGAGUUUCAUACGGUGCCCUAUUCGACACCGGAAACUUCGUACUCGCCAAUCGAAAUGCUGCUGUUUUAUGGGGAAGUUUCGAUCAGCCAACCGAUACGAUAUUACCUACCCAGAUUGUGAAAAGAGGUACCGAAUUGAUAUCGAAAUAUUCGUCGACGAACUACUCCACCGGGAGAUUCAAGUUCACACUCCAAAACGACGGCAACCUGGUCGCCUACACGACUUUCUACCCACAAACAGGCAGCAACUUCCCGUACUGGGCGGGCAAUAUCGCCGGAAACUCCGUCAAUUUCAACAAAUCCGGCAACGUCUUCCUCUCCUCCGCCAACGGAACGAUCCUCCUCUACCUGUUCACGAACAAAGAACCGACCCAAGACCUACACCAGAGGCUGACAAUCGACCACGACGGCGUCAUUCGGCUGUACGCCUACCCAAAACAGAGCAGUCCUUCCGCCGGCAGGAGAUGGCCGGCGGAGUGGACGACGCUCAGUUUCAUGCCGGAGGACAACAUCUGCGGCCUGAUGCGAGACAACACCGGCAGCGGGGCUUGCGGGUUCAACAGUUACUGCCAGAUCGAGGAUGCCCAGUUCCCCAAAUGCAAAUGCCCACAAGGGUACAAGUUCUUGGACAAUUCCGACGAGAGCAGGGGAUGUCUCAAGACCUUUCCACCGCAGGACUGUUCUUCCGCGGGAAAGGAGGAAGGGCUGUUCGAUUUGGUGGAGAUGGUGAAUACGAUCUUCCCAUCAGGGGAUUACGAGUAUUACGAGUCGAUCUCGGAGGACAUGUGUCGGGAGCUCUGUUUGAGCGAUUGCUUGUGCGAUGCGGUGACUUACGAGCGCGCGUCUUGCUGGAAGAAGAGGGCGCCACUGUCGAAUGGUUAUAUGGAUCAGGAGAACACAGGGAAGACUCUGCUGAAAGUUCGGAGGCAGAAUUCGACUUCGACGGCGGAUAAGGAGAAUGAUCGAUCGAAGAAGCUAAUGAUGACUGCGGGAUGGGUUCUUCUGGGCAGCUCUGUUUUCGUCAAUUUGCUGUUUCUUGUAGCUAGCUGUCCAUGGAGGAACAAGAAUCGGAUGAUGAGCCAAGUUGCUGAUGACUCGGAUGAAGCGACGGCUCUGUCGACGAAUCUCCGGAGGUUUACGUACAGAGAGAUGGAAUCGGCGACGGGAGGGUUCAAGCAGGUGCUCGGCAGCGGUGCCUCCAGCACGGUUUACAAAGGGGUUCUUGGUGAAAGAUCAGGGGGAAAUGUUGCAGUCAAGGUGCUCGACAAAUUGCCUGAGAGAGAUGGCCACGACGUGAGGGAAUUCGCCACGGAGGUGAAGAUCAUCGGCGGGACUAACCACAAGAACUUGGUGAAGCUGGUGGGAUACUGCAACGAAGGGCAGCAUCGGCUUCUGGUUUACGAGUUCAUGAGCAAUGGGUCGUUGGCCGAUUCGUUGUUCGGAGGAGGGGCAUUUCCCAGGCCCAAUUGGUAUACGAGGACCCAGAUAGCUUACUCUGUCGCGAGAGGACUGGUUUACCUUCACGACGAAUGUAGCACUCAGAUCAUUCAUUGCGACAUCAAGCCGCAAAACAUACUUCUAGAUGAAGGAAUGAUCGCCAGAAUUUCGGAUUUCGGAUUAUCCAAGCUUAUGAAGGCCGAUCAGACCAGGACCACUACCGCGAUUCGUGGGACGAAAGGGUACUUGGCGCCGGAGUGGUUCAGGAAUGUGCCCUGCACAUUCUCCUUCUUCCUCCUCCUAUUGCUGCCAUUCCCGGCCGACUCACAACCUACCAGCACCAACAUAUCACUCGGCUCCUUCCUCACCACAACAUCAAACGCCUCCUGGCUAUCCCCAUCUGGCGAUUUCGCCUUCGGGUUCCAACGAAUCAACAUCCAGGCCUUAUUCCUGCUUGCAAUAUGGUUCAACCGAAUCCCGGAGCAAACCAUCGUAUGGUCUGCAAACCGGAACAACCCUGUUCCAACCGGAUCCAGGGUUCAGCUCACCUCGGAUGGCCUAUUGGUUCUCACUGACCCAUCUGGAAGAUCUAUUUGGACUGCCAACUCUGUUAGAACUGGAGUUUCUCAUGCAGCCAUGCUCGAUACUGGAAACUUUGUGCUGGCAGAUAGCAACUCUUCCAAUUUAUGGGGCAGUUUUGAUCAGCCGACCGAUACAUUGUUACCCACCCAGACACUGAAUCAAGGUGGGGAACUGAUUUCCAAGUAUUCCAGGUCAAAUCACUCGAGCGGAAGGUUCAAGUUGAUCCUGCAUACUGAUGGCAACUUGAUGAUGUACACCACAGCAUAUCCUCAAGAAAAGGAAGCCUAUUCUUACUGGUCGACCGAGACUCUUCCUCAAGGCUACAGAGUGAUGUUCAACCAGUCUGGGUUAGUCUACUUGAUGGCAAAGAAUGAAACCGUGCUUAGCUACCCACUCGGUACAGAUGGAGAAUCAACGCAGGAUUUCUUCCAAAGGGCGACCAUGGAUUUCGAUGGUGUGUUCAGGAAAUACUUGUACCCCAAGAGUAAUACCUCUUCUGGGGGAAGCGGAUGGGCAAUGAGAUGGAACACACAAGCUAUCCAACCGCCAAAUAUAUGCACGAGCGUCAGAGGACUCUUUGGUGGCGGAGCCUGCGGGGUUAACAGUUACUGCCACAUGGAGAGUGGUCGAGAAGAGAAUGCUGCUAGUCCCAGCUGCAAGUGCCCUCCUAGGUAUGUGUUUAUGGAUCCCUCUGAUGAGAGCAAAGGCUGCAUGAAGAACUUUGCAUCUCACGACUGUCGUGCAGAAUCAAACGGAAGCGGUGAUGAUCAGUUUGAUAUCAUGGAGAUACCCAGUACAAACUGGCCAGAUUUUUUCUACGACCAGCUGGAAUCACAGACGGAAGGUAUGUGCCGACAGGCUUGUCUCAGUGAUUGCUUGUGCGACGUGGCGAUUUUCUUCGGUGGAUUUUGCUGGAAGAAGAGGAUGCCUCUAACCAAUGGGAGAAUGGAAGAAGGUGCAUCAGUCAAAGCCCUGAUCAAAGUAGGGAGAUCUAACUCUUCAUCACUUGCGUAUCCAAGGAAGAAAGAUGAAUCAAGUCUGAAACUUACUGGAGGGCUGCUUAUAGGAAGUUCAGUCUUCCUUAAUCUGCUCUUACUGUCGACAACCCUACUUUUCUUUUCAUGGUGGAGGAGGAACAACAAACGAGGACAACUUCACCCAACUUCCUCUGUGAAUCUGCUGAGCUUUUCAUACAGCCAGCUAGAAUCAGCAACAGGAGGGUUCAAGGAGGUUCUGGGUCGUGGCGCUUCUGCAACAGUUUACAAAGGGAUUCUUCAGAACGUGGGAGAAACAAUUACCAUUGCAGUGAAAAAGAUGGACAAGUUGUGGGGUGUAGAGGAAGGGGAAGACGAUAAUCGAGAAUUCACCACGGAAGUCAAAGUCAUAGCUGGAACGAACCAUAAGAAUCUAGUGAAACUCGUGGGAGUCUGCAGCGAAGGCAAAAACCACCUUCUGGUUUAUGAGUACAUGAGCAAUGGCUCCUUAGCCAGCUUGCUGUUCAAAGCAGAUCCGAGGCCUAAUUGGUACACAAGGGCCCAAAUUGCCAUCUCAGUCGCCAGAGGCCUGGUCUACCUCCAUGAAGAAUGCAGCACCCAGAUCAUCCACUGCGACAUCAAGCCACAGAACAUUCUCCUUGAUGAGUCUUUGACUGCUAAAAUCUCGGACUUCGGGCUGGCCAAGCUUCUGAAGGUGGAGCAGACCCGGACCAUGACUGCUAUUCGCGGAACCAAAGGCUAUGUGGCUCCUGAAUGGUUCAGGAACAUGGCGAUCACCACAAAGGUCGAUGUGUACAGCUUUGGGGUUGUGUUGUUGGAGCUCGUCUGUUGCAGGAGGGGGUUUGAGAUGGAGGGUUAUGAGGAAGAGGAGAUGGUGCUUGUGGAUUGGGCUCACGAGUGUUAUGGUGAUAGGAUGGUUGGAAGGUUGGUGGAGAAGGAUGAAGAGGCAAUGAAAGAUUUGGUUAAAGUAGAGAGGUUUGUGAAGAUUGGGCUGUGGUGUGUUCAGGAGGAUCCGUGUUUGAGACCUGAGAUGAAGAAAGUGGUUCAUAUGUUAGAAGGAGCUGUCGAGGUCUCUGUUCCUCCAAGUCCUGCAUCAUAUAUCAACACUGUUUAA